AUGAGAAACGAAGUCCAUCAACCAAUUCCUGUUGAUCUCGUCAUCCGAAGAAGGGAUUACACAGAAAAAGCUGAAAGAGAUGCAGACCCCGUGGAUUCAGCUGCGCUUGAAUGGUGUGCAUCCGAUCAAGAAAAGGGCAAGCGCUUCUUCAGCAGUCGGGACGAAAGACCAAGACCAAUGUAUAAUCAACACAGUUUGGUUCGAAACACUGUAAAAAUGACCAUACUAUUACUUUGUUUACAUGCUGCCGCAAGUCUGGCCUCAUCGACAUUGUCGUCACAUGAAGCGAUGAAACGAAAUCUCAUUGUUGCGGACAAUAGAAUACAAGAUACCACCAACUUUCGUCAACCACGGAUACUUCAAAUCGAUUCAGAUUUACACACCAUCCAGAAUCUGGAUCAGCACGAAUACAUAACAUCAAGUCAUGAAGUUCACGUUUCCAAGAGAGAACGAAGAACCAAGGAGAGGCUCAACAACAGCAAGAAAUAUGACCGCCACUCGCUACGAGACCCAAUUCGAGAAGGAGACUGUGAAGCCAUGCAUGCAUAUCAAGAAACUUCCUUUCCCAGCUGUAACCUCAUGCAUGAGGUUAACAUGGUACAGCAAAUGGAGGUGUUGACAGAGGGGGGAUUCAACACAGUAUAUAAAAUGACAGACAUUGACGAAACCACCCACAUUGUCAAAAUUCUAGAAUCCGACAAGGACUUUACGGAUCGCAACUUUGAUCGAGUCCGACGUGAUUCUGUAAUCAUGGAAAGAGCUAGUGGCUCAGACUACGUGGUGGAUAUUUACAGCUAUUGUGGAUUCUCCCAAGUCGUUGAGUAUGGCCGGCAUGGUAACCUUGAUGAUAUGUUGGAUGGGACGUAUGGUGAUCUAUCACAGAGUCAAAAGCUUCAGAUUGCCACUCAGGUAGCACAAGCCCUUGCCGAUGUCCAUGAUCUGGAUGACACGGGUAUUUCCAGUAUGAGCCACGGAGACUUUCUUGCGACACAAUACAUUUUGAUCGACGGGCAUUUCAAGUUGAACGACUUUAAUCGCGGUCGCUUCAUUCGAUGGAAUAGCAAACUACAAGAGCCAUGCACCUACCGAAUAGGUUACAAUGACAAAAAGUUCCGAUCACCGGAGGAGUACAAGUACAUCCCUGAGACCGCAGCCAUUGACGUGUGGGCACUGGGUAGCAUUUUUGUGGAGAUCGUAUCGGGCCAAUCAGCGUGGCAUGGAUAUAAAGACGAGGCUGCGCAACAGGAAAUCGUCAAUGGAAAGUUGCCACCAUUUCAGCAAUACAUUCAAACCCCCUCAGAUCCAAUCAACCAAGUAUUGUUGAAAGCAAUUGAAAUGUGUUACAUAUAUGAUGCAAAGGACCGACCAAAGGCGGGAGUAGUCUUGGAGUAUUUGAAGAAGGAAGCAAAGAGGCUUGGUGUGGAAUGGAACAAGCCAUUUGUGAACAACAGGGGGCUGGUCGUGGGGAACGCGAAGAUCGAACGAUGA